GAAAUAAUUUGUCAAAUCCGGCGAAGAUAACACAAGUAGGGAAAUGUGGCGGGCGUAAAGAACACACAACAGCUUGCAAUAUAUAUCCCUUUCAGUGUCGAUCGGAAGACCGUUGGGUUACGAAGCGCAAAUUCCUUUCUCUUUCUUCGAGCAAUGUAGGCUGAUGAAACGAACAGACGGCAAAAAACUUUGUAUAACUGUACACAUUAUUCUACAUGGACAAAGACAAGUUCGCUGUGAGCCAUGACCCAUGCUCCUGGUUGGAGAUGCACCAGUUCAUUGGAGACCUGAUGGUGUCUGGGGGGGCUCUGGGGCUAAAAGACGCCCCACCAGCAGGCCCAGGCUCAGCCCCAGGCUCAGCCCAGCCCAGACAGGUCCAGGUCCAGGCAGAGAGCAUUAGAGAGGCCAGAGAAAUCAGUGGACAAGCUCAGCACCAUACCUGCACUUGCCCUGGCUGCCCAUACUCUUCCUCAUUUUCCUCCUUCCAGACCAUAAAGCCCAGAGGCACUGUGUCCUCACAGCCCGAGCCCAGCAGCACCUACAGCCCAGAGCUCAGUCAGCCCCAUAGUCAGGACAAGGAGACCAGCACCCAUAGCCCCAGCCCAGCCCCUACCACUUCCACUAACCAGGGUACUUCUUCACCAAGCCCCCUGCCUCAAAUUCCCACCUUCCCUUGUUUCUGCUGCCGCCGGGGCUUCCAGACCUGCACCCAGCUACUGCACCACCAACAGGGGGCAGCAGACUUUCCCUUCUCCCAGACGCACACCCACUACCACCACCACUGCCCACUUACCACCUGCCUGCCCCACCACCACUCCCACCAUGGCCUGUCCCCUGGCACCUUCCCCUGCCUGUCCUGCCAGCAUUCCUUCCCCUCCUGCUCCCAGCUCCUCCACCACCAGCAGGGCCACAAACCCCCCCAGAACCAUGUUGGAGGGGUGACCACAGUGUCCCCCACCCUACACCCAUGCAUGCACUGUCCAGCCUCCUUCCCCCGACCCUCUCAGCUGCUACAGCACCAGCGCACCCAGCACGCUCACAAGGCUGGUGGCUUCCUGUGCACUGAGUGCGGGCGCGCCUUCAACUCCCACUCCAACCUCCGCAUCCACCUCAACGUACACACCGGCGCCCGACCCUACUCAUGCCCUGACUGCGGCAAGAGUUUCAGCCAGUCGGGAGCAUUGAAGAUCCACCGUCGCAUCCACACUGGGGAGAGACCCUAUGCCUGCACCUACUGUGGGAGGGGCUUCCCCCACCUGGCCGGGGUCCGGGCCCACCAAAGGACCCACACAGGUGAGAAGCCCUACCGCUGCACCCAGUGUGGGAAGUGCUUCACCCAGUCGGGGGCACUGAAGAUCCACACAAGGAUCCACACCGGGGAACGGCCGUUUGUGUGCAGCCUCUGUGGGAAGGGCUUCUCCAACCGCUCCGGCAUCCGCUUCCACCAGCGCACUGUCCAUGGGAUGGUGUCGGAUAUGGGAGGGGGUGGAGGAGCCGGUGGGUCCCAUAGGGGGAGACUGAGUCUAGGCAGCUCAGCUGCUGUGGGACGCCCCAGUGCCAAUCCAAACAGGAUACGCAACAGCCCCCAUACUGACGUGUGCUCUAGCAUUACUCCUGCCCCGACCAAAAUCCUUUCCCCUGGGUCUCUCCUUGCUCCUCCAGGGUCAGGUCUGACUAUAACCUCAGACAAAGAGCCCCAGUUCCAGUCUAGCGGUGUGAAGAUCCCCUCCGGAAGAGCAGAACCAGACAGUAGCAGGGAAGGGAGGGCUCAGCUGUACACCUGUGAGGACUGUGGGCUGUGUUUUGGGGACGCUCCCUCCAGAAACAGACACCAAACUCUGGAGCACUACUCCACAGAAGGGGUAGAGGAGGAUGACCUGGGGGACACUGAGGGGGAGGGGUGAGAGAGAGGGAGGGGUGAGGGGGAGAGAUGGAAGCUUGAUGCAGUAGAUUGUUGGAUCAAAGGCUAAGGGAGAGGUGGGAAAACUGGAAUGGGAACAUGGAGAGGUGAGAAGAGGCUGAAAGUUUGAGACUCAUCGAGGAGGACCAUGUGUAAAGGCAUGUUGGUGAAGGGAGGGUGAGAAGACAAAGUUAAAAAUUAAGUGUCUAUCAAUGGGAUCUAUGACAUAUUUCAGAUUGAAUUCCACUUUAAAAGAUGCACUCCAGGCCUAAGGAAGUCUUUUGCGAUAGUUUUCACAUUUUGUGAGUCCAAUUUUCUCUUUGUCAAAAAGAUUGGAUUGGAUGCGCGCUGUGUUAAGAAGCAGGGUUGUGUAUCGGAGGACGCAUGACUUUCAACCUUCGUCUCUCCCGAGCCCGUACGGGAGUUGUAGCAAUGAGACAAGAUAGUAGCUACUAAACAAUUGGAUACCACAAAAUUGGGGAGAAAAAGGGCAAAAAAAAAAGAAGAAAAAGUCAAGUACCAUGAUUAGGCUACUAAAGAUGAUAUUUGAGAGCUUUGGAUUCUUUAUUUAUUUUACUGGUUUAGCAAAAUCCACAGAUAUCAUCAUCUCAAAUAUAUGACACUGUAAGACAUUGUCCCAUAGGGCAGCGCACAAUUGGCCCAGCGUCGUCCGGGUUAGGGGAGGGUUUGGGCGGGGUAGGCCGUAAAUAAGAAUUUGUUCUUAAUUGACUUGCCUAGUUAAAUAAAGGUACAUAAAAAGUAAGUGCAGAAGUGAGGAUAUGUUGUAUUUAGCAUCAUGAUGUAAUAUAUAUUUUGUAAUAAUAGAAACUGAUAUUGUAUGGCCCUUAUAUACUUGCGUAUAUCAGUUUAUCUAAUUAGCUCAUUGUGCCUUGAUCUCAGAUUAGAUCAUUCUAGUACAUAAAAAAAAUACAUAUAUUUGCAUAAACCACACUGUACUAAACUUCAUGACAACUGAUAUGUUAGUGGUUUAGUGAUUUUAUUGAGGAUCAAUAGCUCCAAUGUUGGAAGAUAUUUCUUAUACAAAGUAUAUUUUUAUCAGGAUCAUUUCUCAGAGACAUAUGGUUUGUUGACCUGUUUUCUAUUGCUUCAGAUCUCCACCUAGUGGACAUUUAGAAGCAUAGCAGCAGAAACACAGACACUGAAACUAGUCAGUCUAGGCUACAAGUGUCACUCAUUCCACGGAGGUCCGAGUGUCUUCGGGUUUUAGCUGCUCCCUUGUCCUUGAUUUAUGAAUUGCGGUCACUAAUUAGUAAGGAACUCCCCACACGUGGUUGUCUUGGGCUUAAUGGAAAGGAAAAGACAAAAACCUGUAGACACUAGGCCCUCCAUGGAAUGAGUUUGACACCCUUCUCUAGAUCAGUGGUUCCCAACCAGUGGUACUAGAACCCCUGGGAGUACUUGGCCUAUCCAUAGGGGGUACUUGAGAAAAUACUGGUAAAAUGCACAUGAGAGGGUAUUUCAGAAGUGGAGGCUGCUGAGGGGAGGAUGGCUCAUGAUAAUGGCCGGAAUGGAGUAAAUGGAAUGGAAUGGAAUCAAACGCAUGAAAACCAUUUGUUUGAUGUAUUUGAUACCAUUCCACCGAUUCCGCUCCAGCCAUUAUCAUGAGCGUAUCCUACCAAAUGAAGGUGCCACCAACCCCCUGUGCUUCAGGAGUAGUCCAGACCGAGCACAAUUCAGGUGAGGGUCCAGUUACUGAAAAAGGUUGAACUAUUGAUCUAGAUAUCUGUGUUGCCUCCCACUAUUUUCAAAUGUUACUGUUGCCUGUGGUCUUUAUUUUCCAGACACUGAAACUAUUGAAACUUCUGUAUGGCCAACUUCCCUUCUUUGGUAUUCUGUAGCCUCUAGGGCAGUUCAAAAGACUGAUUGAGGACCUUUUUACCGAAGAUUGUGUUGGUUUUCUAUGAUUGUGUGUUGAUGUGAAUAUUUGUCUAUAUUGAUGUAUAUAGUGUGUAUGUAUACAGACAGGGCUCAUCUGUAAAAGAGAUGUCUCCCUGUCAAAAUACAUAUUAUAUAUCCAUCUGUUUUUCCACGUAGACCAGUUUUCAGUAAAUGAUUGCCCUCAGUCAUUCAGGGUUGUUUAAAAAUAUCAUCUAUAGGGCCUUUUGUAAUGAUAAUUUAAUUCCAGCCUCUUUGACCCAAGAUGUGCUUCUGAGUGUCUCCGAUGUUUACUAACUGGUAUAAACUGAUACUAAAACCACGGUCAGCUGGGAUUCCCAACAACAGGCAAGGCUUGUACAAUUAUCUGGGAGAUCUUAUAUCAGACAUAUAGCAUGACAAGCCACUAGUGAUGACACUACAGAAAUAGCAGAAUUGGUUUACCUAGAAACAGAAAAAUGAAAAACGUAUGAGACGGGCGUUCUUUGGAGUAUGACAAAUCAAAAUGUGUCCAUGAAAAGGCUCUGUUUCAAGUUUGUUAACGGUUCCUCGAAACUCAACAGCAUUUCACAGUACCUUUUGGAAAGAGAUUAUUUUGUUAUAGGUUUUGCAAGUGUUUAUUUGGUCGCGCUGAAACGAUCUCAAGUGCUGCGUAAAAUCAGGCGACGCAGAACAGUCAUUCAUGGGUAAAGAGCGUCCUUCCACUUGUCAUGAUAUGUAAUUAAGUGUAAACGGAACCAUUUUCGGACCCACCUGAAGUCGGGACAGGUUUGGUUAAUGAUAGGUAAUUGACCUAUAGAUGGCAGUACGUCUCCAAUCAUGAUCCUGGUGAGCUGCCGUCCUGAGCGAAAAACUACAGGAGGGUAGCUCUCCAGGAACCGGGUUGGAGAACCAUGCAUGACACGGUCAGUGCUAUCUGGGAUCUUUGGGGACAUCCCUACCCCAUUAAAGUAGAAUUUUAAAAUGCUAGGUAAGUGCUAUGGUUGUG